UUAGCUAGGUCCUUACAAGUCUCAUUUAUUAAGAUUUAAGAUGAUGGAACACAAAAAUGGAAAUGAGACAAUUGCUUCACAUUCAAGCUUAAACACAGAAACAACAGCACCUGCAAGAAGUACCAUAAAAAAGAGUAUUGGUGGAAUUGGAAGCCUCAUAAAACUACUCCCAACAGGGACAGUUUUCUUGUUCCAGUUCCUAAACCCCGUUGUCACAAAUAGUGGUCGAUGCAAAACAAGCAACAAGUACCUUAGCUCAAUUUUACUUGUAAUAUGUGGUUUCAAUUGUUUCUUUUCAACCUUCACAGAUAGUUAUACAGGAACUGAUAAAAAGAGACACUAUGGAAUUGUAACAACCAAGGGAUUAUGGCCUUCACCACCAGCUUCAACUUCCAUUGAUUUAACAAAGUAUAGGCUUAAGGGUAGUGACUUUGUGCAUGCUGCUUUGUCUUUGCUUAUUUUUGCAUUGCUUGGACUUCUUGAUACAAACACUGUGCAUUGUUUUUAUCCUUCUUUUGAGUCAACACAGAAGCAACUUCUUCAGGUUUUGCCUCCAACUAUUGGUGUGUUUGUUGGUUGGAUGUUUGUGAUGUUUCCACAACAUAGACAUGGAAUUGGAUAUCCUGUUAGUACGGAUGAUUCUCAUGAUGCCUCUAAAAUUUCCAAUGAAUCUCCUCAAAAUCCAAUCCAUAAUGUUUAGUACACAUGUAACACACAAUAGGCCUCUUUUUGUUUCCUAUGUAGGACUUUCGAUUUGUGUUACUCAUUGACGCAACUGAUUCGAACUCCGACCUUUGCAAUGUCUUAUCAUUUAAGUUAUCCUCACGAGGACCCAUGAUAAUAGAUUUUUAUUGGUAAAUACACAAUUACGUAGA